GGAGGGAGGAGAAGAGGGAAGGAGGAGAAAGAAGAGAAGACAAAAGAUUCAUAAAAGUAAAGCAGUUCUGGACGACAGCAAAAGUUCUCGUAAAGCUCACCCUCUUACAAGUUGAAGGAAUGGGCAGCCUUCCAGUGGUCCUGCUCCUCUGCAGUUUCCAGGCGCUCACAGCUGUAGCCCAAGCCCAGCAGGCUGAGAGCACUCCGGCACCUGCAGUCUUGCCAGACAACUGUAGGGAGGAGAUGUAUCCUUGCACCAGGAUGUACUCGGUUCACCGGCCCAUCAAGAGAUGUAUUGGUGCUCUUUGUAUCUACAGCCUUCCUCGUGUCUAUGUCAUCAACAAUGAGAUCUGCAUGAGAACAGUGUGCCAACAGGAUGAGUAUCUGAAAGCUGAACUUUGCCGAGAGUUGUCCGGGUGGCCCAGGCGCGUUGAAAGGUCAACUUAUAGGAAACGCUGCCGCAAUCGCCGUAGCAACCCAAAAACCUGGGCAAACAAGGCCUGAUGGGGCCCCUUGAUGGCGAUGUGACCACCUGUGAGGAUGGAGCCUCUCUUAGAGACACAAACCAAGGACGUCGUCAUAAAAACAGCCCAUAACACCAUAAAUCCAACACUCAUCGCCUGGGGGUCCCUUUCUCUUUACGCACAAGUGUGCUGAGUCAUAUCUAUGUUUAUGUAUUAGUCUUUUGUGUGUGAAUAUUGAAGCUCAUUUCAUCUGUGUGUUUUUGGACACAGAUCAUGUCUUACGUGGUUUACGAUCCAUUUAAGGUACUGUAGUAAUGGGCCUAUAGCAGCACUGAGUCAUUUCAUUGUACAAAGAAAGACCCACUCUAUGUACUCAUCGACAGUUCAGUAUUAUGUGCACUAUUGUAUCCAAACAAAUACACAUAUAACUACAUUU